AUGUUGCCAUUCACAUGGAAGCUGAGAUACACUACCGACAAUGCCACAAUGCAUCCCUUCAAAUUCACCAUUUUGCAAAUACUCGAUCUGAUCUCCGUCGCCCCCCAUCAGCCGUCGCCUCCCGAACUACCCGUCGCCGAUCGCCGUCGCCCACCAAUCCCCGCAAAGCGCCUCCGCCGCUGCAAGCCGCCGGAGUCGCGAAGCAGUCCCGCCGAACCGCAGCCGCGAAGCCCUCCCGCCGAACUGCAGUCGCGAAGCACUCCCGCCGAACCAGUCGCGAAGCACAGUUGCAGCCGCACCGCCGCGGGAGAUCGGCCGUCGCUCAAAGGCGCACCGCCGCAGCUGAACCGCCGCACCGCUGCACCGCCGGAAUAUGAGUUGGAUGGAAUUGACUGGAGAAAAGUUGAAUUUGAAGACAACCAAGCCUGUUUAGAUCUCAUUGAGCAGAAACCGAUUGGGCUUAUAGCUUUGCUGGAUGAAGAGUCAAAUUUCCCUAAAGCUACUGAUUUAACCUUUACCAAUAAACUUAAGGAGCACUUGAAAACAAAUCAGUGCUUAAAAGGAGAACGGGGAGGAGCAUUCAGUAUUCGGCAUUAUGCUGGCGAGGUUCUCUAUAGUGCCAGCGGUUUCUUGGAAAAGAACAGAGAUCUUCUGCAUUCUGAUAUCGUUCGGCUACUCUCAUCAUGCAGUUCCCAACUACUUCAGUUGUUUAUCAGUUAUGUGCUUAAUCAAUCUCAGAAAUCAAGUCCAACAACAAAGCUUGCUGUGCAGAUGUUCGGAAACAAAGUGUUGCUAAAAAGUUUAAGGUAA